AUACAUUUUUUCUGCCUCUGUUCUGCUGCUCCUUGUACCUCCCAAAUCUCUCUUCUCUCCCCCGCAGCUUCUCAUUCGCCAUUGACAAAGCUCCCAUCUUUGCUUGAGGUGAAGUUGCAGGAGUUUUGUUGGAUUUGUGGAGUUCGGAAUGACUACCAUUGCAACUGAGGAGGCUGGAGCGGGAAGGUCAUUGGAGGAAACAUCAAGCGAGGAGCAGCAUUGUCAGUCCAGUGAAGCAUUGGCGGAAUGGAGGUCGUCUGAGCAGGUGGAGAAUGGAAUUACCUCAACAUCACCUCCUUACUGGGACAGCGAUGAUGAUGACGACAGUGGACCUAAACCGUCUGAGCUGUAUGGAAAGUAUACGUGGAAGAUUGAUAAGUUUUCACAAAUCAAUAAGCGAGAACUUCGGAGUAACGCAUUUGAGGUUGGCGGCUAUAAAUGGUAUAUUUUGAUUUAUCCCCAGGGAUGUGACGUUUGCAAUCAUCUAUCUUUGUUCCUUUGUGUGGCUAAUCAUGAGAAGCUUCUCCCAGGGUGGAGUCAUUUUGCCCAGUUCACAAUAGCUGUAGUGAAUAAAGAUCCAAAGAAGUCCAAGUAUUCGGAUACAUUGCAUCGUUUCUGGAAGAAAGAACAUGAUUGGGGUUGGAAAAAAUUUAUGGAACUAUCAAAGGUGUUGGAUGGUUUUCUUGACUCUGACACACUGAUAAUUAAGGCCCAAGUCCAAGUAAUCAGAGAGAGAGCAGAUCGCCCCUUUCGUUGCCUUGACUGUCAAUAUCGACGAGAGCUAGUUAGGGUUUAUUUAACUAAUGUUGAACAGAUCUGCCGCCGUUUUGUAGAAGAACGACGAAGUAGACUUGGAAAAUUGAUAGAGGAUAAAGCUAGAUGGUCAAGCUUCUGUGCUUUCUGGCUAGGGAUGGACCAAAAUUCCAGGCGCCGCAUGUCAAAGGAGAAAUCAGAUGCAAUAUUGAAAGUUGUUGUUAAAUACUUCUUCAUAGAAAAAGAAGUUACAUCUACUUUAGUCAUGGAUUCCUUGUACAGUGGACUCAAGGCUUUAGAAGGUCAACAUACUGGAAAGAAAGGAAAGGGUAGGUCUUUAGAUCUAGAGGAACAACCAGUUCCUAUUGUUAAGAUGGAGAAAGACAUGUUUGUGUUGGUUGAUGAUGUGCUUCUACUGCUUGAGAGAGCUGCCUUGGAGCAGUUGCCUCCAAAGGAAGAGAAAGGUCCUCAGAAUCGUACAAAGGACGGAGCUUCUGGAGAUGACUUUAAUAAAGACUCCAUUGAGCGGGAUGAAAGACGCCUUACUGAACUGGGUCGUCGGACCAUUGAAAUAGUUGUCCUGGCUCAAAUUUUCAGUAAAAUUGAGGUUGCAUAUCAGGAAGCAGUUGCUUUAAAGAGGCAAGAGGAACUCAUCCGGGAAGAGGAGGCUGCAUGGAUGGCCGAAACUGAACAUAAAUCAAAGAAGGAAAAGAAAUCAAAGAAAAAACAGGGCAAACAGAAACGGAACAACCGCAAAGUGAAGGAUAAAGAGAAGGAAGAAAAGCCUAGUGUCGUUUUGGAGGACAAGACUGAAGGGAAGCUAUCAAUCACCGAAGGGACUGAGGAGACAGAAAGCGUGGUUGAAAAGCCUGAUACACCGGAAGAGACUUCAGACAUCUCUGAUUCUGUAGAAUGUGUUCCAGAAGUACUUAAUCAUGAUUCAGAAGGCAGAGAUGUUAGCCCCGUCAAUUGGGAUACUGAUACCGUGGAAAUUCAUCCUUCCAUGGAUACCAGCUGCAGUGGAUUAGGUAGCUUUCCAUCUUCACAAAAUGGAAUAGCUGCUGGGAGGAGAAGUCCUGCAGUGGAUGAUAGUUCGUCAACUUGCUCCACUGAUUCAACCCCCUCUGUUGUUAUGAAUGGAUCUUACCGAGGGAAUCAUCAUUCAAACCAUAAAAACCAGAAGUCAGCGAGCAGAGGGAGGAACAACCGGCGAAAGUCAGCUAAGGAUACAAAUUGGUCUGACGAUUCACAGACUCAGCAAUUAGACACUACUACUGAUAACGGGCAACUGAGUGAUACAUCUGGAAGUAGCAGGAAGCCUGGAACCGAGAUUCGUGCUGCUGGUCUUUCUUCACGUGAGCAACAUGUUCAGAAGGAAGUAGUAGUUUUGCAACAAAAGAAGCGUAAUGGAGCUGAUACAGAGGGACCUUCCAAGAAUAGAACCAGCGUGUUCUCUCCCCCCAAGGCGGUGACCUCAACGGUUCAGUCAAAACCAGAGUUGAAGAGCUCGUACAAUUCUCUUUCUGUCAAGAAACUAACACCUGAUAUCCAUAAUGUGGCCGAUAAAUCAGUGCAGGUGAAGUCUCCUCGCGAAAGUUAUGCAGCAAAGAGUGAUGCUCCCAGAUCUGUUGAUCUAAAAGCCUUGAAAAAGCCUUCCUCCCAGCAAGUGAAGCCCUCGACACAUCAAGUUGCUGCCACCUCUGAGAAACCCUCGUCACAAGUAGCAAAUGUUUCAUCAAGACCGUCGAGACCGUCGAGUGCUCCUUUAGUUGGCCCCCGGCCAACUGCCCCCGUUGUCUCCAUAGCUCAGACGCCACCAUUGCUGGCACGCUCACAGAGCAUGUCCGGUCAAUUGCGCCCUGAUUCUUCAGCAGCACCACAGAGUUUUGUCCCUCAGUCCUACCGAAAUGCAAUGAUGGGUUGUUCGGCUGGGUUUGAUCAACAACCUCAAUCAAGUUUAGCGGUGAGUGCCUCACACUCGCACUCUCAACCACCACCACAUGCUCUGAUUUCUGCACCCUUCUCACCACACGGGCCAGAAAUAGCUCUACCUAGCUCAAUUAGACCGAGCUUUUCAUAUGAGAUGAUGAAUCAUGGACCCCAGUGGAUGGACAGCGCCCCUCAAAGGGAUAGCAGGAGCAUAGCCGUUGAUUUUCCCGUACUAAAUGACAGCCGAAAUUCUUAUCUAUACAAGCCCGUGAACAGCAGAUCCCAUGAUGAUCUUCCAUCUAUGUUACCCCCAGGAACAUCAAGGCGUCAGACUCCCUCCGUUUUUACUGAUUUCCCGCACCUUGACAUCAUCAACGAUCUUCUGGACGAUGAGCAUGGACUCGGGAUGGUUUCCGAAAAAGACACAAGCUUUCAAAGUUACAGCAACGGGUUUCACCAUCUAACCCGGCAUUCCACCUUCCCAGGCGAUCUUGGUAUGCCAUCUGAAUCUGGUCCCUCGAUGAGCUCUUGCAGAUUUGAGCGAACCCAAAGUUACGACAACAUGUUCCAACAUAGCUAUCCUGGAGGAGGUGUUUUCGACGGUGUUACAGACAUGAUCCCGCAGGCCAGCCAGCAAAGCUUUGUCAACGGGAAGAUGAACGGGUUUAUCCCCGACCACUGGCAAAUGGUUGGCUCCAGUCCAUAUCUCGGAAUGAGCAAUGCCGAAAGCGACACUGGCUACCCGUAUCCUCCUAUGAUUCCCGACUACUCAAACAUGGCGUGCGGUGUCAAUGGCUAUCCCGUUUUCCGGACUUCAAACGGGCUUUGAAAUAUAACUAUAAUGGAGAGCUUGGCUGGGGAGAAGAUGUAUGUAAUUGCAGAAAGGUUUGAUCUUUAGAAGAUGAUUUGGAGUGAGGUGUAACUCUUAUUAAGGCAGCGUUAUGUAAAGAUUGACUUUACCUUUAUGCUGUUCACAAAUAUUUAGUUUUAUACAGAAAAAAAUGGGUUUGGUAUUACCCCUGAUUGGGUCAUA